AUGGAAGGCGUUGGAGAUGAUCCCUAUUCUUGGGAUAUCGGCGUUGUUGCUGACCGAUUAUCCGCUCCUGAGUAUCCCUGGAGUCGCGAUCCCGAGUCCCUCGCAGCACGCAUUCGGGAUGAAGAAAUCGACGGCAAAACUCUUUUGACAUUCGAGCAUGUAUGCUCACGUCAAGAGUUGAUGGAGUGUCUGGGCAUCAAAAUCGCCCGCCAUAAAGCUGCUCUUGUGGAGGCCAUUGUUACACUUCGAUCUAAAAGCAAAGGGUAUUGGCAAUGGCAGCAGGACUUCCAGCGCAAGCAGGCCAGCUUUUGGGACGAGGGAGUUGAACCGCCUACGACAGGCGCGGUACAGCAUGCAUCUUCAGACAUCGUGCCGAAUAGAGAUGACAAGAAAGAAAGCGAGACGCCCAGCUCAGUUCCUGCCACAAACGGGACGCUUCCUCAUGCGCUCAAGAGACCAGCACCGCCAGUCACUGAUGGCGAAAUCCAAAUGCUUUCGCCACAAGAGGAUCCCGAACUUCCUACUGCCGCGCAUACUCACCAACCACCUGUCCAUGAGCCUUCUCACCAGGUGCCAGAGAUGGGUGAGAGGUCUAAUAAACGCAGACGGGUGGCGCCCAUGCUUUUGACAGAAAGACCACGCAACAUUCAUGCUGCCUUUAUACCGACAGAAGCUGAUGUGCUUAACUUUCCGACGGAGCAGCCUAGCUUAGAGUUGGAGAACAACACCGGGCUAGACUUUCAAUGGGAAGAUGAACCAGCGUGGGCUUACUUGGGGGGCGGUAUGCUUCCAAAAGAAGAUAUCAUAUCACCAGUUGGCAAAUUAAGCUCCUUUAUCGUAGAGGCCGGAGAUUCCUUUGCUAUAACGAGCUCGCACAUACUCCCACCUGCCACAAGAAUUGUUGCAAAUAGAUUCCUGAAACGACUUUUUACGGGUCGUUACCGCAUCUCCAAUCAUUCUUCGAGGUCGCCUAGUCCCCAUUCUGACCAAUCUGAUAAGAUCCUUGAACUGGCCGAUCUCGACACCGAACUCGACGCAGAAACAUUGAGGGAGAUAGAGGAAGAGGAACUCGAAAACGAAAGACUCGCUGCCCUUGCAGAAGCCCCCGAACCCGAUCCUUUUGUUUCCCCUGAGCGAAUUGCGGAGAUACUGAAUGAAGCCAUCGCAGCUAUGGAAGACAACUGGCGGCAGAAAAAGCUUCCAAAAUAUGAGAGGAAAGCCUACAGCUUAUGGCAAAAGUCGCGACGCCACGGGACAAGAAAGCUGCAGAUACGACAAGCUCACAAAAUGGCCAACCAUCUCAUUGAACGAAUAGGAAAGAUGUGUCUUGAAAUCCAGGAUCAGGAUUGGACAAUGGAAACACCUUAUCGAGAUGCAGCCAAAAUUCUUGAGCAAAGCCUGGAAGACAAGAUGUAUCAGACGUGGUUAAUCAACAUGCUUGAACUGUCAAAACCACCACCCAAACCACAGGGUGUUCCUCGCCCAAAGCCAGUCACUGUGCGGCAGCCACAAGGCUUUCUGCAAGAAGAGGUUCUUACGAGUUCGGACGAAGAAGACUUUAUCGUUCCGGAUGACCACAUGGACAUAGUAGUCGAAGAUGGUCAUACAGGGGGGAAUUGGAACUCGCCGAUUGAUCUUCUUAAGGAAGAAUCGGAUGAUUCUGAUGCCAUUAUGGACUUGACUCAAGAUGACAUGGACGAUGACCAGCCUUCGUAUAUAGGUUUUGACGUGACAAAUCCCAUUGAUCUGACGAGCCCUGCCAAAUCAGCAAACAGUCCUUGGCCAAGGGAGUCCCGGAAUGGAAGCCCUAUUCCCAGGCGCAGUAUCCCCGAAACUGCUCUCCCAGAGAGUCAGGUCAUCGAAGGCGAAGAUUCCGAAGGACAAGCUCCUGUUGGUUCUAUCUCCGAGGGUCGCGAUCCCGAAAGCCAAACUCACGACCUUCAUUCAGAGAUGCCUCCCGCCUCCAGCAACAACGUCGAGCCCCCACCAAUCGAGCAUUUCGGCAAUUUGCAGCAGGUUGCCUCGCAAUCGCCUAAAAGAUACGCCAGAGAAAAGGACCGUUGGCGAUUGUUAAUUACCGAGAUGUGGCAUAUGGAACACGCACGGCGAAAGGCAGCAGUGGAUCUGAUUCUUUCGGAUCACCAUGCCACAGUCUGGGAUUCUCAUAUUGCUCCUUACCUGCUUGGGCCUCUGAGGAAUGCACAACAGCUUGACCAAGAGAACCAUAAGGUAGUUCUUUUCGACGUCACACGGCUAUGCCACUGCUUUUUUAUGUGUCAGCAUACAACAGAGGAAGCAAUGCUCUCUUAUCAAGCUAAGAAAAUGAGGAAGCGCCUUAACAAUGCCCGUGUCACGUUCUUCGAGCCUCUUUGCACGUUUGUGGGCUUACUUACGUCUCACUUCCCACAGGAUAGCCAGAUUUACCGGCAAGACACAGACAUUCUCGAUGAUAUUAUCCCAGAGGAAGAUGAAGAUUUGGAAGACCUGGAUGACCUGGACGAUAUCGAGGAAAACGACAAUGGGCGACAGAGGCCGAAAGAAAAGGAGAUUAUUCGUGACAAAGCAGCCGUGGAUCUCCGAGAACGAGAGAAUCAAAGGAUUCGGGAGCAAGAAGAUCGCAGGAAGAAAUUGAGAGCAGCCCUCGCCUCACACGGGCUGGCGUCUGGGGAUGGAACCCAUCUUAUCAUCAACGAAAGCAAGGAAGAAGACCAGAGCCUUAUCUAUGUCAACGAGCAUAUUGGCCCUAGGAUCAAGAACCACCAGAUCGACGGUGUCCGCUUUCUGUGGAACCAGAUCGUGCGUGAUUCUAGUAUACGACAAGGCUGCUUGCUCGCUCAUACAAUGGGACUCGGUAAAACAAUGCAAGUUAUUACUGUUCUUGUUGCUUUGGCAGAAGCAACAGAGUCCAAGGACCCAUCUGUAGUGGCACAGAUACCAGAAGAUCUGAGGGACUCUCGGACCCUGGUUAUCUGCCCAUCCUCUCUGGUUGACAACUGGAUGGACGAGUUUCUGAAGUGGGCACCAGAAAAUCUACUGGGCGAGUUGCGCAAGGUCACUUCAAGUAUGACAACUGUCGAAAGAACUUCUACAGUCUCGGCAUGGGCUUCUAAGAAAGGCGUCCUAUUGGUUGGCUACCAUAUGUUUAAGAAGCUUCUUGAUCUAUCUGACGAUCUCGAGGAGACUCUUAUCAAUCGACCUGAUGUUGUCAUUUGCGACGAGGCACACUAUAUGAAAAAUCGGUUGUCGAAAACCAAUGAUGCAUGUUCGCGCUUCAGAACAAAAAGUCGCAUCGCGUUGACUGGAUCGCCGUUGUCAAACAGCGUGUUGGAGUAUUUCGCCAUGAUCGAAUGGGUUGCUCCCAAUUUCCUUGGCCCUUUCGCCGAGUUUCGUGAAAUCUACGCUGCUCCGGUAGAGCGAGGUCUCUAUCACGAUAGCUCAGCGGCCGACAAGAGAAGGGCUCAAAUGAAACUCAAGGCACUGGAGCAGCUGGUUGCACCCAAGGUUCAUCGACGCACAAUCGCUGUUCUGAAGGACGAAUUGCCACCAAAGCAGGAAUUUAUUCUCUUCGUGCCUCCAACAGAGCCUCAGAAGCAGCUUUACCAUCUAUACCUCAAAGGAGUAUCCAAGGAAGGUGGCGAAACGCAAGCUGAGACCUUCGCUGCCAUAGGUCAUCUUGGGUUGAUUUGUACCCAUCCCCGAUGCUUUGAAGCAAAGGUCAAGGCGGUUCAGAAAGGCAUCUUAACCAGUGGUGACGACGACGACAAGAAGCCUGACAGGUCGUUCCCUAAAACUAUGAUCCCGGAUUUCUUGAAGACGCUGCAAUCUUUCCGCGAUUUGGACACGCCAAGUCUUUCUUUGAAAACGGAACUGUUGAUAACCAUACUCGAUGAAGCACGUCAAGUCAAUGACAAGGUACUCAUCUUCAGUCAGUCGUUGCUUACACUGGACUAUCUUCAAAACAUGUGUAAGAUGCAAAGAAGAUCAGUGUCCCGGCUAGAUGGCCAAACCCCAAUUGCGCUUCGACAAGCACAGACCAAAGAUUUCAACGACGGCAGCAAAGAAGUGUUUUUGAUAUCCACAACUGCCGGCGGCGUCGGUCUCAAUAUCCAGGGCGCCAACAGAGUGGUCAUCUUCGACGUCAGGUACAAUCCCUCGCAUGAACUGCAAGCAGUGGGUCGUGCGUAUCGUAUAGGUCAGCAGAAGCCCGUGUUUGUUUACCGCUUCAUGGUCGCCGGCACUUUCGAGGAUAAUCUUCACAACAGACAAGUUUUCAAAAUGCAACUUGCAUCCCGCGUAGUUGACAAGAAGAAUCCCAUCAGUUGGUCAAAGCGUAAAGGCGACGUUGUGGCAGAAAUUCGGUAUCGUCCGCCAAUCGACCUCAAACCAUAUCUCGGCAGGGACUCGAUUUUGGACAAACUCAUCAAACUCAAGGAAAACGGGGAGGCGAUCCGUUCUAUUGUCACGACAGACACGUUUGAAGAGGAGGAUUUGGGCGCAACCCUCACCGAGGAAGAGAACAAGCAGGUCGCCGAAAUGAUCAAGUUGAACCAUCUUCGAGCUACAAAUCCCGAGGAAUACAUCAGGACAAAAGACAGGAUGGAACUGAUGGAACAAGCCAGAUUGUAUAGAGACCAAGAGCAGCUCUUGCGUGUCCCUCCACCAUCUCAUCAACCUGUCAAUCAGUCUUUUGAUGGAGCUUCAGAUACUGCUGGUUAUGCAUAUCUUCCGCAGCCUCCAGCAAAAGCCUCGAACAACGGACAGGAUCAGAUCGGCGGCACACUAACAAUCCGACCUUCGUCCCAGCAGCCUGUGGUCCCAAGUCAUGGCCCGGUUCCUAUGCCAAUGGCUGGGGCAAACACGUUUUUCGGAGGCCAUCGUCAUCCUGAACCUGCGACUGUACAGCACGCAGAAUCAACGACAUCUAUGCAGAACUCGCGCCCACUGCACGCUUCAGCCUCCCUAUAUCAUCCACGUUCAACGCCCACACAAGCCCAAACUACCGAGCUGAGCAGCACUAGCAGGCCAGACCAAGCACCUAAACCAACCCAAAGCCCUAUAACGUCACGCUCGAGCGCAGUCUUUAAGCAGGGCGGGCCCUUCAACGUGACUGAGAUUCCCGCAAGGGCUGAGUUUGAAACUCGCUUGCGAGAGAGCCUCCAGAAACUACAACAACGCCAAGUACCAUUAACAGGAGGUGACCCGAUCGAAAUUGCCAAGUCCUUGACAACUAAACUAGACCACAUCCGUAAGAAGGGUGCGUUUGGUCUGCUACCUGACAAGAGACGCUGGAAGGUACUCAACGAGUUUCUAUCGCACGAAAAGUUUGUGAUCGCGAUAAUCUCGGGUCAUCUUAGUCCAGAGUACGUGGCUAUGGCCACUGAGAAGGAGCUUGAAGGGCGUAUCGAGACCAUUAAUGGACUUGAGGAAACGGCCAUUCCUGCUCGGGCACAGGAGAAAGUCGACUCUCCGGAUCCAAACGUAUGA